AUGGGGACCUGCGAAACUAAUCCAGUUGGACUCUUGAGUGCAGGCACAUGCCGUCUCAGUAACACUUGGUCACAUGAAAGCGAACCCUACGGCAAGAUUGGAGGCACAUACCCAUCAGCAUAUGCAUGGACUCUGCCCAGUCUCGAAAGACAUCGUGUUGAGACCAAUGAAAGAUACAAUGAUGAAACAGAAGCACAGUCGCCCUGUCACGAUGAACAACAAAGUGAAGAUGGCUAUCCGUCUAUGACCAGCACAAUUUCUGAAGAAAAAGCAUCCAAAAGGAAAAUGAAACGGUUCAGACUCACUCACAACCAGACACGAUAUCUCAUGAACGAAUUCACAAGGCAAGCACAUCCUGAUGCCGCGCAUAGAGAACGCCUUUCCCGUGAAAUCCCGGGACUAAGCCCGAGGCAAGUUCAAGUUUGGUUCCAAAACCGGAGAGCUAAAUUAAAGCGACUAUCCACCGAUGAUAGGGAAAGGGUGCUAAAGUCGAGAGCAGUCCCGGAGAACUUUGAUAUGGCUAAAGCUUUGCGCUGGCCGUAUACGAACUAUUCAAAGACACCGGUUACAACAAUUUCAACAAAUGGUGACAAUACGUCUGGAAGAAAGGAUCCACCAAUAAUCAUUGAAAGCAUCAAGUUUACAGGUGAGGAGUAUGUAACUGCUCCGUUAAACAACUUGUCCUCGCAUGGCUACUACGCACCGACUCCGCUGUCGGUACCGGAAUCUAAUACCGACUCUGAUGGUACCACUCCCAAUCCCUCGAUCACCGAACGGAAGAUCCCAUUCAUGCCAUGGACAUACCCCCAGAUACCCACGCCCCCUUUAGAACAAACUGUUCCAUUUGAGUCAAGGAGAUCUGGGGAAUCUGCCUCCCCAUCAACCAGUCUUUGGAGUAGGGUAUCUUCUGGGAAUAACACAACACACCUAUCGCCGGCCAAGUUAACACCGCCCACUCUAAAUUGCGGUGGGAUCACUCCCUUAACACCUUUAUCAGCGAAGAGUUUCACUGACAAAUCUGUCAUGAGUUCCCAGCUCGAAGAACGGGGCCCGGCAACCGGUGUUAUAUCUUCAACUCCGCACUCUGCUUCCUCAGAAGAUCAGCUCGUUCAGCCGCGUCCAUGCUUUGGUCUUAGUUCGUUUGAUAUAUCUUACCCACAAGACUCUUCGCCAACGAUGGGCUUUGCUGCUCAUAGUCUUGCAUUUGAACCGAACGCUCGCUUCGUUGAGCUACCGUAUCCAGUUGACCCUGUUAGGAAUGUGUGGGAUAUAGGGCCUUGA